GGAGUGUAUUGUGUGAAAAGAAUAAAUUAUUGUAAUCCUUUAUUUCCAUAAAUUCAUGUCCUCGUGAUUCCGUGUCCAGAUAUACACGGAGAUAAUUGCUAUUAUGUUUGUUUAUGUAUGUACGCUUGACGUAGCGCUAAUAAACGAGAGUAAGCUGUCAACGCUCCAACGCAAGAAAGACUACCCGCUAAGAUCAAGCUGGCCGCAGAGCAAAUCCGAACUCGUUCUAAAGCAAGAGACGAAGACGCCACUAAUUCGACCGGGCAGCUCGAAGAAACGCUGCCAGCAGACCAUCGCCGACUCCGGCGCCUACAUCCGAGAUAAGUUCGUCCCUCAACUGCCGCGCGUAGAUGGCGAAAGGGCGAAGAGGCACCUUCAGGAUAUUAUGGCGUUUGGUAAAGACGUACAGCCCACUCCUCGACCGUCCAAGGCUAAGACGAAAGCAAAGGCGGAAGUGGAAGAAGAGAAUCGCUUCGAUCAACUGGUGAGGGAAAUACAGGAACGUAGAGAUUUCCUGGACGAGAUGAAGAGUUUGGGCGAAGGUGAUAAGUACGAGCAGAUCAUCGAGCAACAGAUUCAAACUAAACUGCGCGAAAUGAAGGCUUUGGAGUUUCUUUAAAAGAAUGGAAAGCUUUCUGUGUUUCUUUUAUUCCUAGAGGUACAAAGAUAGCAAUAAAUAAGUAGGCAAUGGAUUUACAGCAUGCAAAAUUGGUGCCACCAAAGAACGCAUACGAACUUCGAAAAUGGGCGGAAAAGGUACAAUGGAUGAAACACAAAUAUA